CAACUUGGGCUGCAAACGAUGCAACAGCGAUACCAAUGGCAAUGGCUUCUUCUCUCCAAUUCCAAUAUUCCACUCUCUUCACCAUCUUCUUCUGCUUACUCCCCUUCUCACCAUUAACCCUCAUCCAUGGAACUUUCUCCGAGGACCUCCCGGAAGCCAUCUCUCUCAAGCGCAUGCAGAAGACAACCCACCUCCACUUCUACUUCCAUGACAUCGUCAGCGGCCCCCACCCCACCGUCGUCAAAGUAGCCAACGCCAAGGACAAGGACCCUCAGGCCGGGGGCUUCGGGGCCACAUUCAUCAUGGACGACGCGCUGACGGAGGGACCGGACCCAAGAUCGAAGCUGGUCGGGAGAGCUCAGGGACUGUACGCGAUGGCGUCUGAAAGAUUCCCGCCGGCGCUGCUGAUGGCGGUGAACUACGAGUUCACGGCAGGGAAGUAUAACGGCAGCAGCGUCACGGUGCUUGGGCGGAAUCCGGUGAUGAGCGACGUGAGGGAGAUGCCAGUGGUGGGGGGGAGCGGCCUUUUCCGGUUGGCUCGAGGCUAUGCUUUGGCACACACUGUGUGGUUAGAUCUAAAGACUGGAGAUGCCACUGUUGAGUACAACGUUUACGUGAUGCACUUUUGAUGAGUUUAAUGUUCUUAACUAAUUUGUAUGGUUAUUAAUUUAUUUAUAUAUUGUGAUUGUGUGUGUGUCUGUGUGUUUGAGGGUUGAGAUCUUCUUAUUAAUCAAAUAUUGGUCUGAUUGGUGUUCUGUUUUCA